AUGACAUCUUCAGCCUGGCGUCCAGUGGUAGCCAUCGCCGGCGCCACCGGCCAUCUCGGCCAGCACAUCGCCUCCGCAUUCCUAUCCUCACCACUCCGCGAUAACUUCUCCGAAGUGAUCCUCCUCUCGCGACAGGGCGCCGUACCCGCCGAAUUCCUCGAGUCCAAUCGUAACGCUCACAUCGUCAUCCGGAAAUACAAUGACCACGACCUCGCCGACGCUCUCCGGGGCGUACAAAUCCUCGUAAACGCCGUCGGGCCCGCCGGGCACUCGUUCAAAGAAAAGCUCCUGCGCGCAUUGCCCCAGACAGAUGUCCAGGUGUACUUCCCGUCAGAGUUCGGGGUGGACCACUACGUGCACGAUUUUUCGCAUCUAGAAUGGGACCAGAAGAAGAGACAUCUCGCGUUGGCGAGGGAGCUGGUUCCCGACGUGAAGGUCUGUCGGGUCUUUUGUGGAUUGUUUCUCGAAGAUAGUAUCGGGCCGUGGUUUGGGUUUGAUACGAAAAACGGACGGUAUGAGAGUGUGGGAUCCGCGGGGUCGCUUGUUUCGUUUACCUCGUUGGACGAUGUCGGCAGGGCGGUUGCCUCUUUGUGCUCGUUGCCAAAGGAGAGGAUUCCGGAAGUGGCUCAUCUGGCGGGCGAUACGCGGUCGAUUGCAGGUAUUGCGGAGAUAAUGCGAGGUGCAGGGGCAGGGAGGCUGGAGGUGACGGAAAUUCCGUUGCAGAAGUAUAAGGAAAAGACGACGGCGGAGGUAUCGUGGGAUCCCGCUGAUUAUCUGCGCUUUUUGAUGGGGGAGAACCGCAUCAAUCAUACUUCGACAGGACUGGGGAAUGCGAACAAGUUGGUCAACCCGGAAGAAAAGCAAUGGAGAUGGACUUCUUUGCGUGAUUUGGCGAAGGAGACCGAGGGGAGGCCGUGGAAGGAUUUCGCAUGGCCGCCAAAAUAA